CCCGUAGGUGAUACCAUGGACCUGGGGAAGAAGCUCAGUGUGCCCAAAGACAUCAUGUUGGAGGAGCUCUCCCUGCUAUCCAACAGGGGGUCGCGCCUUUUCAAGAUGCGCCAGAGGAGGUCUGAGAAGUACACCUUUGAAAGCAUUCAGAAUGAAGCCAACACUCUGAUGAACAAUGGCGUUCAAGCUCAGAACAGUGAAAUGGUUGAAAGUAAGUCUGACGGCAGUGGUCUGGAUACAAAGACACCACCCAACACGCCUGACCCAAGGACCCCUCCACACCCCGACAAUAUUGCCCCUGGUUACGGUGGCCCCCUGAAGGACGUUCCUCCUGAGAAGUUCAACACCACAGCUGUGCCCAAAUCCUAUCACUCUCCCUGGGAGCAGGCCAUCAUCAACGACCCUGCUUUGGCUGAAACCCUCCACCCUAAGAUGCCUGUUCCAGAACCCCAGCCAGAAGGUCCAGAGUACAAGAGCUUCAAUCGGGUGGCCACACCAUAUGGAGGGUUUGACAAGGCCCCCCGGGGUAUUACAUUCAAAAUACCGGAUCUGGACCUGAAUCCUCCCAAGUACCCUGAGCUCCAGGACCCCAGGGCCAAGCGACCCAGCUUCAACAGGACAGCACAGGGCUGGGUGUCCGAUGGCACCGCUCUCAUCCUGCCUACUGUGACCGUGGAAUCCCUAGCCAUACCUGAGUCUGACGACCUCUGAAAUCAUGCCAGCAUUGCAAGAAAAAAAAACCUGUCAUGCCACACCAU